UACUUGAUUAUUCAUGAAAUCAAGAAUUCCAUAUAUUUACUGGACAUAGUUUAUAAAAUUGUAUGUAAGGAACUUACCCUUUUUCUUUCACAGAUCUAAACGAACAAAGACAUUGUUGGAGCUAAAUAGGCAAAAGGAAGAAGAAGACCUCAGAUUAAGAUUGCAGCUUCAAAGACAGAGAGCCAUGAGGCUUUCCCGAGAGUCACGCUUGAGUAUGCUUGAAAUAGUUCAUCCAGGUCAAGUGGAGAAGUACAAUAGGGAAAUGGAAGAGAAAUCAGCAUUGACUAUCCAGAAACAUUGGAGAGGGUACAGGGAAAGGAAGAAUUUCUGCCAACAGAGGCCUUCUCUCACAGAGUAUAAAGCAGCUGUUCCACUUCAAAGAGCAGUCCUUAAAUUCCUAGCAAAGUGCCGUAAGAAAAAGAAACUAUUUGCCUCUUGGCACGGACUCCAAGAACUCACUGAUGCAAGCAGAGUUGAACUGAAGCAACAAGUGGAUGACUAUGUCAGAAGACAUCCGGGCUCUGAGAUGUCAGAUGUGGCCAGCAGAGAGCUCCAUGCACAAGCACAAGAACAACUUCAACGCUACUUUAUGGGAAGGGCCGUAGAAGAAAGAACCCAGCAGCACAGAGAAGCUUUGAUGGCUCAGAUCAGCACCAACAUUGAACAGUUGAUGAAAGCACCAAGUCUGAAGGAGGCAGAAGGAAAGGAACCUGAGCACUUCCUAAGUAGAUCUAGGCCUGUGGCAGCCAAGGCCAAACAAGCCCAUCUCACCACCCUGAAGCACAUACAAGCCCCUUGGUGGAAAAAGCUUGGUGAAGAAGCAGGCGAUGAGAUGGAUGUUCCAAAGGAUGAGCUUAAUAUAGAAUUAGGAACUCUAUUUAUUGGUGGAACCAAACCCCCCUAGAGGAUAACUGAAAGCCAGCCAUCUUAGGAGAUUGUUAGUUUUGCCUCUGUUGCAACACUUGGAAGCAACAAGCAGAGCAUUGCCUACCUCGCUGCCAACUCUUUCCCCUUUCUACCCAGUCUCCAUUCACAAACAGAUCUGUCAGCUUUUAUUGUGGGACAGAAGUCAAUGUGAAAUUCUAUUGUUGACAUGUAAUAUGAAAUUUCAUUUCUGUUUUCUAACGAAAGCGUUUUUUUUUAAAUAAGUAUUGUGUUCUUGAAAAACUUGUCAGGAUUAUUUUAAUUUUUCACAUUUGUUAUUCAGAAUUUCCAUUAUUAUUACUACCAUUAUAUUUUUCACCUUGACAAAGUUUAGAAAAAGAAGUGGUCAAUUAAAGGACAUUUAAUUAUCUGAAAAACUGGAGAAAAGAUAUAAGGGAAACAGUUGGUUAUAGUUCUUAUAUUGUAUUAAACAUACAUUUUAAAAAUUA